UCACCCAGUGGACCCCGACGCGGAUCUCCUUAGCGUUUCGCCGCAGCCGACGUCUGAAAAUGAAGAUGUUCUGACGGUAUCAUCAGGAUCCAGUCCGGAGUACGAUUACGAAGCCGAUCGAUGGAGUGUGUCGUCAGAACCCACCGAUGAAGAUUUUACGUAAAUUGAUGCUGUUUUUUAUAGGCCCUCUAUACACUCACUACGUCUCGUACCUACCUCUCUGGUACAUAUACUACUCGUGCGGAAGCCGGUCGCCGCCGCGCGCCGCGCCUGCGCGCUUGCACGCGCUCGUGUGUGUGCACGCGCACGUUGUCUCGCCGGCGCUUGCCGUCGUCGUCGUCAGCGCCUUGAGGGAUGUUACCGACUAUAGGAUUGUUAAAGGCGCGUUGUUCGCGGCGGUGGGCGGUCCGUGCCUGUGGCUGUCGGCGGCGCUGAGUCCGCAUGCGCUGACAGCGCCGUUGGUGUUCGGCUCGGGGCUCGCGGCCGCGCUCGCCGCGCCGCUCUGCACGCUCCUGCUCUGCGGUCGCUUCAUCCUGCCGGCGCUGUCCCCGGCCGUGACGGGCGUGGUGUCGGUGGCGGUGCCGUACGCGGCGGGCGUGUUGUUCCCGUCGCGACAGGAGCCCGCCGCGAGCCGCCUGUGCGCUCUGCUGCUGCUCUACGUGGAGUCGUGCGACACGCUCACACACGCCGAGGGAAUGCUCUACAUGAGCGACGUCUUGGUCAUCGUGGUGUUGGGUCAGUAUUGUGGUGUAAUUGUUUGUGAGCGAGUACAGUAUUGGUGUAUGAAUGUGUCGGUGAGCACGUGGUGUGUCGGCGCAGAGCUGACGCAGCUGGUGACGAGCGCGGCGUGGUGCUGGGCGUGGUCGCGCAGCGCGGCGGUGGGCGCGGAGUGGCGCCUGCUCGCGCUCUGCGCCGUGCCCAAGGGGCGGCCGGGUGAGUCCCGCCGCAGUGACCUGUACACGCGACACUUGCGACUUAAUCCUUUACCUCGCCGAUGUGGUGACAGAGGCGGCGGCGGCGGCGGCGUGCGGGGUGUGGGGGCUGGCGUCGGUGCCGGCGGCAGUGCUGGGGCCGCUGCGGGUGGCGGUGCUGGCGGCGCUGGCGCCCGACGACUAGCUCCCGUCAUACACGCGUUGCGAUUCCGACCGAAUCUUACAUCUACUUCCAAUUAUUUUAAAUAAGCCUAAUGUUUCUCACUCGUCUCUGGCAAGGCUUGUUUUGACAAUGUCAAGGAAUCCUGUCAGGCGUUAGCUGUGUUCACUGUUCAUGGAUUGUGUCGCGUGUGGAUGUAAACGACUGCUUUAUUUUAAAAUUUUAAAGCCCUUCUGAUAACUUUGCGAGUGUUUAUAAAACUUCUGACACAUUGCACCGUGAGUAGUUAUACUUUAUUAUAGAAAAAAAGAGAGCAAUUUUAUGAGUAUUAGUGUGUAGAGGGCCUACAUGAAGGUUUUUAUCUAUUUGUUAUAGUGAGUGUACAAAAAUAUUUAUAGUAUAUACAGGAACGUAGCAAGCAAGUGUGAGUCAAAAGUACUGGAGAAGUUUAUCGACACUCCAAGCACUUUAAAAGUUUUUACGUUCCAGACAGAAACUAAAAUAACUUAUUUAAAAUAGGCAUAUUUAGUUUGUCACUGGUAUCAAAUACAAUACUAUGAACCAAAGUCUACUACGACGAGAAAAAGUAUCUUAUGGAUAUAGUAGAUCAUUUCUAAUGAAGGCUUCUGAUACACUGUCUCGGACUCCAGAGGUUUGAAGUUAGUUGUAGUGGUCACUGUUUCUAGUUGUGUUACUUUUAGAAAGUACUACAACGGACAUAAAAGGUUCCACGCACUUAGAAGUAAUGACGUGAAGUAGAAUCUAGUCAUUCCAAUAAUAAUAAGUUUUGAUCUCGAGGGUUUAGCAUUUAAUUGUAAAUCAUUUUAAUAAUCCCAUGGGUUUUAGCCACGUCUGACGUAGUAAUGUUAUACCUAUUAUGUAAGCAAUUUAGUUAAAUGUACCUAACGAUUAUAGAAGGAAGGUGCCCUUAUGUCUACCAUCUUAUAGCACUGAUUCUCAAAUAUGUAUACAACAGCGCUAGCACUCUGCAGCUCAGUGGCAGAAAUAGACGCCGUGAGCGCCGAGACCUUUGACGUGGUCAACGCAUAUCUGUACGUGGAAUUAACUAUAUUAUGUAAGUAGGAACAAUUUUAAAGUUUUAAAAUAUUUUAUUUAUACCGAUAAAUGUUAGAUUUAGAAACUGUAUGUAACCACACAGAGGAUGUUGAAUAUUACACGGGGUUUGAUUACAAGUCUUAGAUUGGCGCACCGAGACACCGAGACGCCGAGACCAAUGAACGUCGUACCUAUAUGCAGCGGUGCAUCCGGAAAGCGGGUGUUAUGUUAGGAGCCAAAGUGUUAAAUGUAACAUACUUAGUUUUCGCACGAGGUGCUGGACUCUCGGAGGACUAACACGAUGGGCGCCUCCCUUAGGCCACCACUUCCAACGUUACCUAUUAUAUUAGUUAAUAUUCCCAAAAGCCGCGGAUUUUGGUCGCAUGCGCACAUUUUAAACUUUGUAUGUACUUAUUUAAACCUAUUAUUAAUUAUCGUGUAGUUUUAAGAAUAUCGAGAAUCGUGUUUUAACUGAUCCCUGCGUCUGCGCCAAACACUCUUCUGUCCAUUUAAAAAUGAAUGAAGAGAGACUGCGGCGCGGCGCACGCGCACCACUAGUGAUCGCACAAUGUAUGUACAUUUCACGUUAGAUCAGAGUUCAAUAUACAUUGGCUAGUAAAAGUUGAAAAAAUGCGGGAAAUUAAAAAAGUUACGAUAAGGCAACACUAUUGUUAAAAGAAACUUCAGUUAGCCGCUGACUGAUUAUAAUGGUACGGUCAGCAACAAAAGUCGAUGAACAAAUACUAAUUUACAAAACACCUAAACAUUGAAACGGACCAUAAAUCACUUA